CAAGGGGGAAUAAACAACUAGAUUUUUGCAUAAGAUUUUCUAGUUCCGUUUUUUUUGGUUUGCCAUAACCCUUGAGAUGCUGAAGCUGAGUUCUGUGAGAGGGAAGUGGUAAACUCUUAUGAGUGUAUUUAAACUGUACUUCUGCAUGAGCAUUCUUCAGUCUCGGUGCUGCAACUGAAUGUGACUCUCAUCAUGUACCUGAUUCAAGGCAUCAUCCUGCUGCUGCUCAGCAUCAGUCUAGUUCAGAGUCAUUCCAUAAAGGCAUUGCUUAAUGAGACCUCUGAGGAGACUGAUAACAACAUUGACCAGGAUUAUUUCUCUGUAUCUGCCAUAAUUGAAAGAGCCAACAAGAAUGCUGGAAAGUCAAAGGGUGAAUUCACCAUUAUACAUGGUGACAUAGCAGUAUACACUGGGCUCCAGAAUGCAGAUCCAUGUACUUCUCGUGGGUGCAAAUGGCGCAGGGGCAGUGACAGGAAGGUUAAGGUGCCCUUCACCAUUUCCAGGGAAUAUUCAUGCUCUGAAAAAAGAAAUAUCCUGCGUGGGCUGGAUUCCUUCCAAAAUUCGACCUGUAUCCAAUUCAUACCUCACACCAAUGAAGAAGACUACAUUGAUAUAAUCUCAGACACAGGGUGCUACUCUUACGUGGGUCGCAGGGGUGGAAGGCAGGUUGUGUCCCUAAAACGCAGUGGCUGUAUUUACUAUCACAUCAUCCAACAUGAGCUUCUCCAUGCUCUGGGCUUUAAACAUGAGCAGACUCGUAGUGACCGUGACAAGCAUGUCAAAAUCCUCUACGAAAAUGUUAUACCAGACAAAAAACACAAUUUUGAUAAAGUUGACACCAACAAUUUGAACACUCCAUAUGACUACAACUCUGUCAUGCACUAUACAAGGUAUGCUUUCUCCAGGAACACGAUGCCGACCAUCGUCCCUAUACCAGAUAAUGAUGUUCCCAUUGGACGUGCCACUGAGAUGAGCCGCAAUGACAUUCUACGUGUUAACAGGCUCUACUGCAGUUAAAUGAGUCACUCUUAUCACCAGUGUGAUGCUUAAGACGUUUUUACAAACUACUUGCAGAAAAAGUUC